GACGCAGGACUAGCAGCAUUGUGCGGCUAACUUGUCGCCGCUCGCCGUGUAACACCAUCAUACGGUGAUUCAUCAUUCUCUGCCGACGGUGACGCGCGUCUUCGACGUGACAAGAGCCAGAGGAUAGACACUUGACCUGAAAAUUAAGCUAAUCGCGACCUGUCAACGUCGUUUUCGAAUCGAUUUCCAGCCCGGGAGCGGUCGGUCUCUAUCUCCGUCGCCGUUGAGGAGUGGCGUGCGUGGCGAUCUUGCCAACUGUUUCCGGUAGCGGGGCGCCUCACCGCAAGGUGACGUUUGCGGGAUCGUCGUCCCUGAGGUGUAUUCUUCAACGGAGAUCUCUGUCUACAGGAAGGAGAGUAUAAAAGGCUGCGGACAUCAGUCCGACAGAACAUUUGUUUUACAUCAACGUCUGCCACGAGGCUAAACGGUUUACCGCGUUCUCGUGCUCGUUUCUCACCGAGGGAGGCAGAAAGAACAAGAAAGACAAGCAGAGGGAAAAAAGAGGAGCAGGAAAAAUGGGUCUCACGAUCAGCAGUCUGCUCACCCGGCUGUUUGGCAAGAAGCAGAUGCGAAUACUGAUGGUGGGCCUGGACGCUGCCGGCAAGACCACUAUCCUGUACAAGCUGAAGUUGGGUGAGAUCGUUACCACCAUACCUACCAUCGGCUUCAAUGUGGAGACAGUAGAGUACAGGAACAUUUGCUUCACUGUGUGGGACGUGGGUGGCCAAGACAAGAUCAGACCUCUUUGGAGGCACUACUUCCAGAACACCCAGGGUCUCAUCUAUGUGGUGGACAGCAAUGACCGUGAACGCAUUGCUGAGGCAGAGCGUGAGCUAGCGAAUAUGCUGAAGGAAGAUGAGCUGCGUGAUGCAGUGCUGUUGGUGUUUGCCAACAAACAAGACCUGCCCAAUGCCAUGUCUGCUGCUGAACUCACCGACAAGCUUGGCUUGAACUCGCUACGUGGCCGCCACUGGUACAUACAAAGCACCUGCGCCACCCAAGGACACGGCCUCUACGAGGGUUUGGACUGGUUGAGUAACGAGUUGGCCAAAAAGUGAUAAUGUCUCAUCACAACCAUUAUUCUUAAGGACAACUUCUCAUUCAUCCGAGCAUGGACGUAGAGAGCGAACGGAGAUUCACUCGGUUUCCAUCUUUGUCAAAUUGUAUGUCGAUUAACGUCCGACACGCGUACAAUUUGCCGCCGCCGCCGCCGCGGUGACUGCGAUCAUUCACGCGAGUCGAUGCGAAAACGAGCAGCCACACAGCCUUGCUCGACCGCUUCUUUCUUUUCCCUGUCUCUCGUAUACCAUAAUAGGUCUGUCCGCUUUCGAAAAAUUCCUAACCAGUGCACAUUAGUGCAAUUUAAAGUAUACUUGAAAGAAAGUAUACUUGUUUCAUAUACUUGUUUCGUAACUUAUUGCACCAGAAGUUCUUCGAAAACAAACAGACCUAAUAGCUACAUACAGCAGAGAAAAUUGCAAUUUUGCAAUUGUUGUAAAAUUGUUUAAAUGUGACUGAUACUCGUCCUGAAAUUCAACCAAGAUUAAGAGCACACGCUGAUAAAAUUCAUUAAUUUUACAACAGUUGCAAAGUAGCUUUCUCUACUGAACGCAAUGAUUCACACUUUUCGUGAUCCGCGAGCGCACGCUAUUGCGCUCUCGUUUCGUAGAAAAGAAGGUGGGAAUCGUUACGUUAUAACCAGGUAUUCUUACAUCAUCUACAGGAACUGUACAUAGUUCUAGGUUUCUUCGAAUAUAUUUCUUUGCUCAUUGAAUUCCUGAUUUCUGUUGGUUGUCAGUUUAGUAAAUGACGAAGCGCCACUUCUGUCGGCCACGAAAGAUCUAUUUAUUAUUUAUGCGUUGUUAUUGCACGAAGAACCGGAGCUGAAUGAACACGAUACAUUCGUUGUCCACUGCUCUACGUCCGUGCUACUCUCAUCGGGAAUGACAUACUAUGUGAUGUUACACGCGCAGGUCGUUUACACUGUCUUGUUCUUCGAAUAAAUAAGUGAAUUUCGAGAUAAGUAAAACGUUAGCUGGUAAGACUUGUACGAAUAAGUAUUUGAUUAUUAACUUUAAUAUCUUUCAAAGGAAAUACAAAAACUUAACCGAA